GUCACAAUAGACCUCGUCUUGUGUACACAUGGAAACAAAACCAGGGACUUUCUCGAGUGGCAUCAUCACCAAAACACUCAACUCCAGCUGUAUCUCCAAAGUACAUUGUUAAAACAUCUCCCAGCAUUAUGCCUAUUGGCAGCUCUCCACAUAGGAGAAAAAAUGCAUCACCCGCUCGAGUUGUAAGUGCAUCCCCAAACUGGCACUUUACAAGUUCACCUAAUCGUUUAUUAAAAGACUACCCUCUUAGGAGUAAAAGUAGUAGCACAUACUCAUCAGGGCUCAGUUCUGAAUCUGUACCACCAGCUGAAUAUUCAAUGGUGCAGUCUACAGAUGACAGCCAGUCUCAUUCUAGUGGUCUGGAUUCAAAUCUAAGUGAUUUCAGUGAUGAUUCUGGUCAGGAAAGGAUGCCUGAUGAUUUCUUCCCUGGUACCAAUUCUCCAGCUAGAGAGGAGGAAGAUAAAGGUAUGAUCAAACCUCUCAUGAUGAAGAUUCAGACUCAGAAUGUGAGUGGCUGUAUGUUAGAAGAAGGUCGUGAGAUUCGGGUCGGGGAUAUAGUAUGGGGGAAAAUUCAAGGCUUUCCUUGGUGGCCUGGAAGGGUGUCAAAUAUCACAGUGACGCAGCGAGAUAAUGAUGUCGUGAUAACUCAGUUGGCCAAAGUGGCGUGGUUUGGCUCCAACACCAUGUCACAUAUGCAUUGCUCAGACUUAUUUCCGUUUCUAAAGGACUUCAAAGUGCGUUACAACAAGAAGAAAAAAGGCCAGUACAGAGUUGCCAUUAAGCAAGCCACUAUGGCUGCUCAA